UUUAUCUCUGUAGGUCUUGCUCUAGUCUGUGUUUCUUUAUUCAAAAGAAGACAGUCUACUGUGAAAUGUAUAUACUCUGCAGCCCAAAUAUACUGCCUAGCACCCCCAUCUCUAAAACCUUGCUGGUUCAUUUUCUUCUCAAUGACUCUCUACUUGUUGGGAACUGCUAUUGUCAACUCAGAAUUUAUUUCCAACUUCCAUUUCUCUCUAGUCAAACGUCUCAUUAUUCAACUCCUAAUGGUGCCCUCAGUUUCUGCCUGCUUCUUAUUCUGCUCCUUGUGCCUUAUCGGUGAAAGGGCUUACAGAAGUAUAAAUCUACAACUGCAACAGUUAGCUGAAUCCCAGCCGUCUGCUACCAGCACCACCCAACUCGACAUCUUGAUGUAUCAUCACGAAAAGUUGACCGAUUUUAUGGAAGAGAUCAAUGACUGCUUCAGCUUCGACCUGGUUAUUUUUUUGACUGAUUUCAUUUUAAAUUUAAUUCUAAAUUCUUACAGAUUAUCUUGGAAUAAAUUUCAGCAAUUAAGUUCGAUAAUGUCAUUUUUGAUACAACUCUUCCUGUUGGCAACACUUCAGCAUAAAUUUUUCCUGAUUUGUAGUUGCAGCCAACAAGUCAGCAAACAGGUUAAGUUAAUGCGUAUCAAUCUGCUCAGUAUACAAGUUCAGCAGCUCAACAACAGAGAUCCAAUCUUUGAAUCUAUGCUGAUUGGAACAGCAGUGAUGUAUGCCUCCGCUGCCCUCCAGUACUACUGGCAAGAUAGUUACACAAACUAA